AUGGUGAUCAACCUAGUGCCAUUUAUUCUCGCUGAAGCGUCCCGUUUGGAUUUCUUCGCAAACAACCUAUCGUAUCGGUUGUUCCAUCGAAGCCUCCCCGGGUCUCUCAUAACCGCUCCUCAGGGGGCAGUGGGUUAUCAGCCAGCACCAGGGCCUGUUGCUAAUAAUGCUUGGCCAACGGAGACCGACACGGCAGCGACAGGCGCGACGGCCUCUCAAGAUCUGUCGCACGAAUCAAGACAAGAAUCUGUUGGGAUUGAUGGUACAGCGAGACCACAAGACAAUGUUGCUAUCCUAACUGGAACUGUAACGGGGACUCACGGGGUCAUGGCAACGACACAGACAGCAACAGCUGGCCGAGAUUUUGCGAGAAGAAAAGUUUCCAUAUACCUCCUCAUGUUUAUGAAAAUUUUAUACAGCCUGUCAAUUACUCCAACUACUACUUCUUCCACUACUAUUAUGUCUCUACAAACCCCCCUCUGCUCGCUGCUCAAGAUCCAGCACCCCAUCCUGCUGGCAGGAAUGGCGCGUGCAUCUGGCGCCCCUCUGGCAGCCGCUGUUUCCAAUGCGGGCGGCCUGGGAACAGUCGGCGGCCUGGGCUACACGCCCGAGCAACUAUCGGAGAUGUUGACGGAGCUCAAGUCUCUCCUACGGGACCCUUCUCUUCCCUUCGGGGUCGAUCUAGCCCUACCACAAGUCGGCGGAGGCGCCCGUGCUACAAACCACGACUACACUCAUGGUCAGCUGGACCAGCUCAUCGAUGUCGUGAUCUCCCACGGCGCAAAACUCUUCGUCUCCGCAGUGGGCGUACCUCCAGAUCAUGUCAUUAAGAGACUACACGACGCCGGCAUCUUGAUCAUGAACAUGGUCGGAGCACCUAAGCACGCCGAAAAGGCGCUCAAGCUAGGUGUGGACAUUGUAUGCGCCCAGGGUGGUGAAGGAGGUGGCCAUACAGGCGACAUCCCCUUCUCCGUGCUCGUCCCGGCGAUCGUCGACGUGGCGAAGAAAUACAAGAGCCCACUGACCGGUCAACCUGCCCUGGUCGUGGCCGCUGGAGGAAUCAACGAUGGACGCAGUUUGGCCGCGUCGCUGAUGCUGGGCGCCGCCGGUGUCUGGGUCGGAACGCGGUUUGUUGCAUCGGAGGAAAGCGGCGCAAGUCGAUUGCACAAGGAGGCGGUUGUUGGAGCCCAGUAUGGGGAGACGACGCGAACUCUUGUCAUCUCCGGGCGACCACUGCGUAUGCUACCCAAUGAUUACAUCAAGGACUGGGAGAAACGGCCGGAGGAAAUUGCUCGGUUAACAGCCAAGGGCGUUGUUCCCAUGGAACAUGACUUUGAGAGCGAUAGGGAAGAUGUUGAGCUUCCUUACAUUAUGGGUGAUGUUUCGGCCAUUAUCAAGGAGAUUAAGCCCGCUGGUGUGAUUGUACGGGAAAUGGUCCAGCAAGCUGUGGAGAGGCUGAGAACAGGAGGGUCAUAUAUCAAGGCAGGAUCUGCCAGCAAGCUUUGA